AUGUGUGUUGUCGGGAACUACGUCAUUAUCACCUUGACGACUGAGGUGCACCAAGAAGGAGAAUUUGGGCUACGCAAGAAGUUACAGCAGAAGGCUCUGCAGCAACCUAAGCAGAAGAAAUCCAAGUCGGCUGAAUUUCUGAUGGGUGAGGAAGACAGAGCCACUGUGGUGGGCAUAGAAAACCCAGCCUUCGACGCAGGAAGCACUGAGCUCUCCGCUCCUCCCGUUUGGCUGGGGAUAGAAAUUCGAGGUGACAGGCCAGAUAGCACCCUUGCAGCUCACCAAAAAAAAAUGGAGCUGCAAGCCCCUGCCAAAGAAAGAGGAAAUGAACGUGCCCAAAAUUACUUUGACCCGUCGUCGGCAGAGCAGACAGACCCAAGGCAUUGCAGGACGGCCGGGGUCAGCGCUGAAGAUGAGCUGGAAUUAAGAAUAUAUGAUGAAAACAGGCUGUAUGAAAGGAUGGCGGCGCUGCUCGAUGAGAAUGAUUCCCUCGUAGAUUUGCCUGGUACGCUGCUAGCCUCCAGGGAUGAGGAGGUGUUGGAGGUGAAAGCGGGUGAUCUGGUGCUUCAGCGGCGACUGCUGCUCCACAGUGGUGGUGGUGGUGGUGGUGGUGCCUCGGGGUCCGGGCCCUCCCAGACCCACACCAUUGCCAAAGCCCAGGCUGAGGGUAGUGCUGGGCUGGGAGAAGACGCUGGACUCGAAGCAGGGAGGAUAGUAAUGGGCAGAGAAAGCACUAUAAAAACGAGGACAGCCGAGGAUGUGAUCCCCCACUACGCCCAGCAGCUGAGGGAGCGCGUGCGGCCUGACAUGAUCACGCUUGGCAGCCUUUCACUGCAGCAGCAAGUGGCUCAGAAGGAACCCUUGAAGAGGAGUGAGUGGGCAAAGAGAAAGGAAAGACUGAUGGCCUUCAUCACUGGCAGUGUCAAGGAACCCAGUUCACACAGAGACUGUGUCGAGCCAGCGAGACCCCAGCCAAGGCUGAACACGCUGCUUCAGUGCACUGAGAGGCCGUCACUCAGAGCGCUGGGGGAAGGCCAGGGAGAAGCCAAACGCAGCCAAACGACAGAGCUCCCAGAAUCCUCCUCUUCUCCAUCGCCGCGGCCCCUGUGGCAGGCUGACCAGAGCAGCACUCCCCAGCCGGUGGAGGUGUGUGUGUGUUGCCUAAGAGCCACCAGGGACAAGCUUCCCAGGGGCCUCUAUGCUGUCAGUGUGGCGCUUCACAGCCGUCUAGGGGGUCCAGCCUUGGCAUGUGGCACCGAGAAAGAGCAGCAAGCCUGGGCCGCGUCCACUGAGCCCAACGAGCAUAGAGGCCGCUUCUUCGACGACAACCUGCACAUUAACCAGAGCCUGUUCAUGAUGUUACCUGCCGCUUGUGAGAUCUGUGCCUCCAUGGUCCUGAUCUUCCAACUGAUCGCCCUGCCGGGAGACGGCGGCCACGCCGGGCCUGUGCUGGCCUGGGGGGCGUUUCCUGUGUGUGGGCCAAACCUCGGCCUGGUCCAGGGCAGGUUCAAAACUCCGCUGCUCAGGGGCGAGCCAAGCACACAACUGGACCAGUUUAAAAAAAUUGAAGCCCUCAUCUCCUCCGAUCUAGAUCACUGGCUCUGCAACCUGUAUUUUCAGGUAAAGAGGCUUCCGCCCGGGACAUCUGGGGGACCGGAGCGCUGCGUCAACGUAUCAAUACCCCCUUCUAACCCCCCUGUCAUGUCCCAAUCUGAGGUCCAUCACGAUCAACCCCAGAACCAGCUGCCUCUCCAGCCCCAGGGCCCGUCUCAGUCCCAGCUCUGUCCUCAGCCCAUUCAUCCACAGUCCCAACAGCAGCCCUGCGCCGGCCCCAGCUGCAGAGCGGCGGAGCCCGGUGUGGCGCAUUCUCACCGGGGGUCUCCCCUCCACCUGUCAGCUGAUUCCGCGUGCUCUUCCUCCUCUUUACCAGGGAAGAAUUUCUCUUCAGGGGCCUUUUCUGGAAACACUGGGGAGAAGAGUGAUCCAUGCAGGGAGAAAGCAGAGGGAGGGAUUCACUACAAGAAGAAGCCAAUCAAGAAGACAAAUAGCUGCGGCCCCAGCAUGAGCGGCAGAAGCGCGCCGCCUCGGCAGGCAGGCAAACAGAAGAUGCAGCCCUCAAUGCAGCAGAGCCUCUCCAUGGAGGAGAUGGAGGAGUAUACGUUCUCCCUGCAACCGCCACCGGCCGGGCCCGCGUCCCGCGCGCCACGCCUGUCCGGCCGGGCCCGCCUGGCCCUCCGCAUGCUGCCGUCCGAGCUGGGCCUGCCGUUGCCUCGGCAACAACAACAACCACCACCACCACCGCUGCUACACAGAGGCUGGCGCGUCUCCGUUCGGCAGCUCGGCCUCAUUAUGCUGCUGCUGGCUUUGAUGUGGUUUGUGAGGCUCUACCUGCAUUACUGCAGCCAGUGGCUCUACCUCCAGGCCAUAGCAGUUCCUGUCAACAAAUUCCGCUUCCAUGCACACACGGUGGAUCUCGUGUACCAGAGUUCCCUGCUCCACACCCGCGAGGAGCUGGCAAUGGUGGUGGUGGGUCCCCUGACCUUGAACGCAGUAACGUUCCUGCUGGUUCUGAUCAGAUGGGGCUGUCAACAGAUAUUUGGCUCACUCCCUUCCUUCACGUCAAAGUUUAUCAUGGCUCAGGGAGUGUGGACAGUCCUCGACCCCCUGGCAGUCUUUGCAGUGGACGUCGUCCUCGGGCGUCUCGCCUACAGCCCAGACACGCCAGUGGGGGACGCAGCCAAGCUUUACUGGCACUUCUAUCGAGCUGACCAAUCAGGUGCGGCGGGGGUGAUCAUCACUCUCUUCCUCUACGCAGUCCUCUUCCUGCUUUCCAUCACCAUCCUCUCCAUUUAUCUGCUCAGAUUCCACAACGAUGGCCGCAUGCUGGACGUCUUUCAGCGACUCACAGCCAAGGAGGGGACGUACUUCCUGCCUCAUGACCUGGAGCUGUCCAAUCAGGAGCUGAGCUACAUUGUCAAGAAGGCAGAGCAGUGGAGAGGCUUCAAUGGAGAGAGGCGCAAGGUUGCUGUCAGUGACUACAUAUGGACGGCGGAGGAAACCCAGUCAGGCUCUGCGGCUCCUACCGGUGAGCCCCUACCGGAGGGUGAGACCAGCACCCACGUGACGGUCUACACACUGUACCUGAGCGGGGUGAAACAACGGUACAGGCACUUCCUUCGACAGCCGGAUGGAGCCAUCAUUGAGGUGACUGGUGACAUGGAGGGGGUAGACAUCGCUACCAGGAUCUGCCCGGGUCAGAGCUCGGCCAAUCGGAGAGACGACAAGUCCGGAGCGAGCUCCUCGCUCCAGUUCCGAAAAAGGAAGAAACUAUUUGGACGGUCCAAUCGUGUGGAGCCAGUAGGAGGAAGCAGGUGUGGCUCCAGUUUUGUGCUGCAAGACCUCCACCAAUGAUAUCACAGAGAAGACAAAGAUAUACCAAAAAAAAAAUUUAAAAAACUAAAGUAACUGUACUUGUACAGUUUCCAUCCAAGUGGCUUCUUCAGUUCUAAAGGAGUGGUGUGGAGUUGAGGUUUAAACAGGAACGUUGUGAGUGUUGCCUAUCAGAAACCCACGUGUGUAUGGUCCGUCAAAGACCAGAUACUUAGCUGGAGGAAACUGUUUUGAUCCUGUUCUCUUUCCCCAAUGAAUGGUACUCUAACAAACCCAUUAUCAAACAGAGAUUCCAGUCUCAAGAUGUGAACAUUCACACCACCAACACCUCCAGAUGAGCAAGUCCUGUUGCUCUUGUAUCAGUUUAUUUUAAAGCUUAUAUGGCCUGUUCAGACCUUGCAUUAAGAUCCAAUCUGGUUGAUCUGAUCACGUAAAAGGCAGGUGUGAAUGCCCACAGGACGCAUGGAGGUCGCAUUUGAGAGAUCUGAUAUCUGACCAUGUGUCUCUAUUCCUUGUGUGAACAUAGUGUGUUCUGAGUCACAUUAAAGAUCGCCUAUACUCAGCAGUCGGGCUCAUUCAUUCAGAAAAAAAACACAUGACACUACUAUAAAUGAUGGUCCGUAAAGGAAAAAGAACCGUAAGUGUCUGUUCAUCAGUAAAGAGAGCCUCUUAGAAUAUUCUGUCCUGUUAACUAACUAAAAAAUAAAUAAAUUCAAGUAAGAAUUUACCAAUUAUUCAAUAUGAGUGUGAUUCUGCGUUAACUGUUGAUGUGGUCUAACUAACGUAUGACAUGAAUGACUGAGAAUCUUCACAAAGAUGAAGACAGUUGAACCCUCUCUCUCAUUAAUGACUAAAAAGUUACUGCGAUACACCAUAGAACUUAUUACGUCUGAAUUAUCUAAAGUAUUGCCAAAGAAAUAUAACUAAUCACAAUAAUAAUGACCAAAAAAUGGCUGUGCAUGUUAUAUUUUUUGAAAAACUCUGCCGGUGAAGAUAAAGAGUGCACAGUGGCCUAAUAAACACUUCAGCAACACUUCCAAUGGAUCCGGUUUGUUAGGUGUUGGGCACUGCCUGAACACAAUGAAAUAUGAAGAUUCCUAAAGUCACUAAUCAGAACACGAGUGAUAAAAUAUCAAUAUUGGCCUCACAUUAAGCAGGAUAAUAUUCAGGCCAGCUUGAUUUGUAUUGAAUAUGUGUCUGCUAGCCGGUGCUUAGUGUAAUGAAGUGGCUCACAAAUCAGGCCGUAAUGGUCGCCUACUUACACAUAUUGCUUAAUUAAAGGUUGUGAGCUUAUUAGCAUGUGUCUCUGGCACAGGGCACAGGGAGAUGGGGAUCGGGACUGAUGUCGUUCAGGGCCUGGCUUUAAAGGUUUUAUAGAUAGCUAACCUAUCACACUAAAGCCGUAUCUCGCCCGCCUAAAAUCGGAUCUUAAUAACCUGUCAUUUUCAUUGAUGACAGUUCUCCUUUAUGGGCGGCCAUUACAGAUCAAGUUCUGGGUCUUGUUGAACGGCGAUGUCGGCCAUUCGCGCUCGCCAUUAUCCGGAGCGCGCCUCACUUUGGCCUUGAAGUUGCU